GGAAAGAGUAGAAAACGCAAAAAUCAAUAGAUUACCCUCAAAUCUCCUUCCCUCCAGAUCUCCUACUUUCUCUCUCUACAUUCAUUCUUUCCUUCCAUGGGGAGAGAAUUCAUCAUCCGCCACAGCUGAAGCAAGAAAUCACAUCUGCGUUUAAUAUUUUGAUUUCUUAGUUAGCUGUUGCGGCUAUUGUUGUCAGCAUUUUAAUUGUUGUUGUUGAGAAUCCAUUGAUGCUUCGGUUUGUCAGGAUUUCCAUUUCGAAUUAUACUCCGUAUUUGAUUACAAUUUGAUAUAUUUCAUAAAUUUUGGAUGCAUUUAGGCUCGCAUUCGAGUUUUUGUCUGUAUAGGGAGAGGAAGCUCUGUAUAGGCUUUGUCAUCAUACAUAUACAGGUUCGAAGUUCUGCGCAAUAUAUUGGUUUGGUUUGAUUUGGUAAGUUUGUGGAGACAGAAGGAAGUGAAGGUGGAUUUGAUUUUGCCUCGGAAUAGACCUGGCAGUCGGUGAGCCCGGAUCGUUGAUUAGAUGUGGGGACGGAUCUGAUGGUGAAAAAAACAUUGUGGUUCAAUUGCUUAGGGGUAGUUGCACAUCACGGAAAGAAGGUCAAAGCUGACGGUGGUUUCCGCAGCAUUCAUAUUUGGAUUUCAUCUAGGGUUGUUGGGGUGGAGCUGAAGGAUUGGAAUUGGAUAAGAGCAGGGAGAGCAAUCGUGGCGGUGGAGAAGGGAGGAAGAUGCAGCUGCACUUCUCUCCUAGCAUGAGAAGUAUAACGAUAUCGAGCAACAACAAUGGAGGGUUGGGUGAUUUGAUGAAGAUCAAGGUCGCAGCUCGUCACAUUUCUUACCGGACGCUCUUUCACACAGUCCUUAUCCUAGCUUUCUUAUUGCCUUUUGUGUUUAUCCUCACAGCUGUUGUCACGCUAGAAGGUGUCAAUAAGUGCUCCUCACUUGAUUGUUUAGGCAGGCGGUUGGGACCAAAGCUUCUUGGAAGAGCUGAUGAUUCAGGGAGGCUCAUGAAGGAUUUUGUCAAGAUCCUUAAUCAAGUGAACUCUGAGGAAGUACCUGCUAGCUUGAAGCUCCCCGAGUCAUAUAAUCAACUUGUUUCUGAAAUGAAAAAUAAUAAACACAGUGCAAAAGAGUUAGCAUUGAUGUUGAAGGGAAUGAUGGAAAGAUUUGAAAGAGAGAUCAGGGAAUCCAAGUUUGCAGAACUCACAAACAAACACUUCGCUGCAAGUUCAAUACCUAAGGGAAUUCAUUGUCUCUCAUUACGGUUGACUGAUGAGUAUUCAUCCAAUGCUCAUGCACGAAAGCAGUUGCCUUCACCAGAGUUACUCCCAUUGCUCUCUGACAACUCGUUACACCAUAUUGUACUGUCAACUGAUAACAUCUUAGCUGCUUCCGUUGUGGUGAACUCUGCUGUCCAAUCUUCUCAUAAUCCUGAGAAGAUGGUUUUCCAUGUCAUCACAGACAAGAAAACAUAUGCUGGGAUGCACUCCUGGUUUGCUUUGAAUCCGGUUUCUCCAGCUAUUGUGGAAGUAAAAAGUGUUCACCAGUUUGACUGGUUAACCAGGGAGAAUGUUCCCGUGCUUGAAGCUGUGGAGACCCAUAAUGGGAUUCGUAAUUACUACCAUGGGAAUCACGUUGCAGGGGCUAACCUGAGUGAUACUACACCUCGCUCUUAUGCCUCAAAGUUGCAGGCCAGAAGCCCUAAAUAUAUCUCAUUGCUAAAUCAUCUUCGCAUAUAUCUUCCUGAGCUUUUUCCAAACCUGGACAAAGUGGUUUUCUUUGAUGAUGAUAUUGUGAUCCAACGUGACUUGUCCCUACUGUGGGAAAUUGACCUUAAUGGGAAGGUUAAUGGGGCUGUAGAGACCUGUAAAGGUGAAGAUGAGUGGGUAAUGUCUAAGCGAUUCAGAACAUACUUCAAUUUUUCUCAUCCUCACAUUGCAAAAUACUUGAACCCUGAUGAGUGCGCCUGGGCUUAUGGUAUGAAUAUAUUUGACUUGCGUGCAUGGAGAAGGACCAAUAUAAGAGAUACAUACCAUGCAUGGCUCAAAGAGAACUUGAAGUCAAACUUGACAAUGUGGAAGCUCGGAACACUACCUCCAGCUUUGAUUGCAUUCAAAGGUCAUGUCCACCCAAUAGAUUCAUCUUGGCAUAUGCUUGGAUUGGGCUACCAAAAAAACACAAAUAUAGAGAAUGUCAGGAAAGCUGCAGUAAUUCAUUACAAUGGGCAGUCAAAACCAUGGUUGGAGAUAGGGUUUGAAAAUCUCCGGCCAUUUUGGACGAAGUAUGUGAAUUACACCAAUGAUUUUGUUAGGAAUUGCCACAUCUUGGAGUAGUAGGAAGGUUUGCCCCUUUUUUGUUGUGGAACUACAUUCCUGUAUACGUCGUGGUCUGGAAGUAAAUCAAGACUUGGCUAAACCAGAGUCAUACUGAAGUGGUUCUGUUCUCCCCCGCUUCUGAACACAUCAGAGAGGACCCACAGUUACCGUUCCUGGGACGAGAUGUUCAUUCUUUCACUCUGUAAACCAAGCUGUUACAUCCCCAUAUAUUUUUUUAAAUAUACAAUAUAUACAUUAUUUUGGCCUGCUGGUAUGGGUGUAGCUUCUUAGUCCUUUGGAAGGAUUGAUGCAGCGCGUCUGAAUGAGAUUCUUCAUGUGCUGCAGGAGAGGGAAAGCUUGGAUCACCCAUUCUGUCCACAUUAGAUAUAUAGAUGAUUCUUUGAAUUCCUUUUUAUGUUGAAAUAGAUUUUUUUGCUGUUUCCUUUAUCUUUUACAUUUUCUUUUGAUUGUUGAUUCUAUAUAAAUUGGGAUAUAAAGCUGUGUUAGGUUAGUUGGACUCCUUUUUUGUUCUCUUCUACUGUAAGAAGUUCUUGGGAUCUCAUGAGCUGAAAAUUCUUUAUUAACUAAUCAUUAGAUAUGAAUCUUUGUUUUAUUCAUCCUUUGACAUAGUAAACUGC